AUGACUGAUGUUGUUUCCGCCAUCGGGUUACUGGGCACUGCACUUGGUAUUGUCUCCUUCUUUCAAUCCAACAUCGCAGGUGGUGCGGCACCGCAAGGCCCUGUGAUCAGAGUUAAAGCUGGAGGGCCACGAAACGACGAUGAUGUCAGCCUGGGGGGCAAAAUUGCAGCUACGUAUGGCUGGAGUAGCCAGAACGAUUAUCUCGGCCAAUCGGACAGCGGCUCUAUGGGGAACGCGGGCUUUUCGGAUUUCAUAGUCGACUCUUACGAACCAGGAACUGUUGCUGCGUAUGUUGGUGUUGCUUCGGACGACGAUGGCGUGUGUAUCGCUUGGAUUACAGAUAAACAGCUUGACGAUACAGCUGGUGGUGCAUGGACCGGCGACAUUGGAAAACAGUGUGGGCAAGUGGUUUACUACCAAGCAGAGCAUGCGGGACGUCUACCUGAUGGCGGAGACUACUACCCCUGGUGUACUUGGAUAGAUAAAGAUCACUCCGAAGACGUAACCACUGCAGCGUUGAAGUUCAAUGUCUUUGCCUAUGGUGAACAUGUAACCGACACCCUUACUAAUGAUAAGGCAUGCGCGUCCACUCUGUGGGGUCCGGAUAGUGGCCCGAUACCUGGACAGCCUGCUAAAAGAUCUUACAACAAGCCGCGUAAGGCAUGGAUGGAGAACCAGCUUAUUGUCUCCACCAUUGACUCACACCAGGCUAUGGAGCUCUGCAAUACUGAAAACUCCUGGGGUCCAGACUUCGUCGGAUCAGAUGGCUACUUCUGCGACAUGGGCACUCACACAGCUCUCCCGCUAUGUUCGACCAAAGAUAUUGAUGGCUGCGUUAAUGUCGAAGAUGAAAACAAAGCCGUUGUCAAGCGGUCCAUCGGGCCGAAGCGUGCGGUCAAUGAAGCUUUCAAGCAGUAUACCAAGAUCACGAACUGGUCCGCUUGA